GUCACUAGCAGCGGAAACUGUUGUAGUAUGUGUUAGAAGUGGAGAAACAUUGUUACAUUUCAAGCUUAGAUUUCUAAAUUUUUCUUGAUUCAAUAUGUCUAGUAGUAUUUUAGAAAAGUACAGUCCAUCACAAAUUAGAGAGUUAAAGGAAGCAUUCCGUCUAUUUGAUAAAGAUGGAGAUGGUUCCAUUACAACAGAAGAACUUGGAACCGUCAUGAGAAAUUUGGGUCAAUUUCCUUCGAUAGACGAGUUAAAACAAAUGAUACAGGAAAUUGACAUUGAUGGUGAUGGUUUAUUUAGUUUUGAAGAAUUCGCACAAGUUAUGGCUAAUAUGGGUGGUUUAAAUGAAAAUUCCGAAGAAGAUGAAGAGGAAGAAUUAAGACAAGCGUUUAGGGUUUUUGAUAAAUCUGGAUGUGGCUAUAUCACUCCGUCUGAUCUAAGAUGUGUUUUACAAUGUAUGGGAGAAGAUCUAACAGAGGAAGAAAUUGAUGAGAUGAUAGCGGAGGUUGAUAUAGAUGGGGAUGGUAGAAUAGAUUUUGAAGAAUUUAUAACAUGUAUGAAAGAACAAGAUAUUCUAGAGGGUGACCCAGGAUCCCCAACUGAAAUACAACCAGAAAGAAUUUUGUAAUUGAUAAAUAAAGUUUAACUUCAU